GGAUGUGACUGAAAUGACCAAACAACCAGGCAGAGGGGAGCACUGGGAGCAUAAGUCUAGGCGGAGGCGCUCAGGGCCCUCAGACACUAAGAGCACGGAAAGGGGAGCUGAGAGCCCGCGGCGCGGAGGAGAGUCCAAAGAAUUCAAACGACCAACAAAUUCCUGAUGUUUCCUGGAGUUGGCAGUAUUAAUCCUAUUACUCCACAAAGACAGCAAGGACAUUGGUCCUAGGAUUGUGUUUGAAGAGAGAAGAAUAAAAAAGGACGAUCUGAUACAAGACUAUCUUCACCAACUGGAAAUGAGCUGCACAAUUGAAAAAGCUCUUGCAGAUGCUAAAGCACUUGUUGAACGAUUAAGAGACCAUGACAAUGCAGCAGAAUCUCUGAUUGAACAAACUACGGCUCUCAACAAGCGAGUGGAAGCAAUGAAACAGUAUCAAGAAGAAAUUCAAGAACUUAAUGAGGUUGCAAGACACCGACCACGAUCUACAUUAGUUAUGGGAAUUCAGCAAGAAAACAGGCAAAUCAGAGAAUUGCAGCAAGAAAAUAAAGAAUUACGCACAUCGCUUGAGGAACACCAGUCUGCUUUAGAACUCAUAAUGAGCAAGUACCGAGAGCAAAUGUUUAGGUUGUUAAUGGCCAGCAAAAAGGAUGACCCAGGUAUUAUAAUGAAGUUAAAGGAGCAACAUUCCAAGAUUGACAUGGUACACCGUCAUCACAGCCCUGAAGGAAUCUUCCUUGGUGCACCUCGACGCAUCCUUGAAGCAACUCAACAUGGACUGGAGAGAAGGCACUUGGAAGCCAAUCUGAAUGAAUUACAAGUACAUGUGGACCAGAUUACUGAAAUGGCAGCAGUAAUGAGGAAAGCUAUUGAAAUUGAUGAGCAGCAAGGUUGUAAGGAGCAGGAACGGAUUUUUCAACUUGAACAAGAAAACAAGGGCUUGAGAGAAAUCCUCCAAAUAACUCGAGAAUCAUUCCUGAGCCUCAAAAAAGAUGAUGCAUCAGAGAGUACAUCUUUGUCAGCAUUGGUAACCAACAGUGAUUUGAGCCUGAGAAAGAGCUGAAGAUCCUGGAAAAUCACUGAGCUUCUAUUGCACAGCUCCUAAUAAGGAACCAGGGUUUACUUUGAAAGUUGCUAAUGAAUUGAGCACCAGAAAAAUUACAAUCUUAAAUCAGCCCUUCAUUUCAUUCUUUUUGUGUUAUGUAUAAUACACUGGCAAAUGACAUUUUUAAAAGAUAUUAGCGGAAGAUCAAUAUUUGGUUGUUAUUGACGUUAUUCUUAUUAAACUUUGUACUGGGAAAGUGGAAACUUCAAGCCAUUGUUGUUAGGUAAACAAAUAAAAAUUCUUGUAUAUAGAAACUACUGAUACCAGGGCCCCCUGCAAUGCUGUUUUCUUAACUUUUUUAUCCAAAUAUUGAAUAUAUACCUAAGGUAAAGCUCUACAUAGAGAUUAUACCUUUUUUUAAAAUCCACAUUUUCUUAGACUUACAAAAAAGGGGGGGAGGAAAUUUGUCCAUUCCUAAUUUGAUCUCUAUUUGAUAGGAAGGCUUGCAAAUGAUUAUUAUAGUUUACAUUUAGUGGGCCUCACAUUACAUUUCUUAAGAAAUGCCUUUCAAAUGUCAGAUCAUUUUUAAAACUGAUAAUCUUUUGUUUUUGUGGCAUAGACCAUAAACUGGAUGUUUUUUUCUUCAAGCCUAGAUCCUAAAGAGGUGCUUUUGUUUUUGUCAGCAACAUACCAUAGUUAAUAAAGCCAUUUUGGGGUAAUAACUGUCCAUAACUUACUGAAGGUGAAGAAAUGUAGAAACUAUCUUUUCAGUGAUGAAAAAGAAAGCUAUCCUACUUUCUGAGAAAGAAAACCAUAUAGACAAGAUUAUUCAGUAGGUUGAACUACUACUUUGGGAGUGAGGGGUGAGGUUUGGAUUCCUAAAUAAAUAUGAAUUUGAUCAGGUUUGUUUUCUGACUGAUUUUAGGAAUAUUAACCUAUUUUACCCAACUGUCACAGUUGGAAGGCUUAAUAUGGCAAACCAGGAAUAGAGAGAUUUGAAGUGGGCAAAAUAAACAAUAUUUAUUUUAGCCUUGUUAAUAGUAAACAUGAGUUUUCACCUGAUUUCUAGAAGGCACCCUUUAUUCCUUAUAAAAGCUGUUUUUCUUGUGUUGACAACAGAAGCAAAAAAAACUAUUAUAAUGGGUCUCUCUGCCCCUGAGCUCAUCUGUUCCUAGUAAUUUUCAGAUUUUUUUAUGGCCAUUAUACAAAAACAGAUAUUGGAGGGUAGUUCAUGUUCAUGGAUUUUAUAAAACCAUAAGUUGUUUGUUACUACCACCAUGUGAAAUUUCAAAACAGAUAACAACGUAAAGAAGUAUUUGAAGUUUGGGCCAUUAUUUGAGUAGCCAAUAAAGUAGAAACUAAGCUUUCUUAAAUUCACAGAGAUUAUAAAUUCCAUAUAGAUCAUCUGUUGAAAUACUGCUCUUAUAGCAGAAUCUCUUGGUGUGUAGAGACUCAUGUUAUUGCCAACAAGAGUUAAAAGCAACAUCUCAAACUUCCCAAACAUUGGGUAUAUUUUAUUUAAAAUAAAAUAAAUUUUAUUCCAGAGGCCUUAGUGAAGAUUUUCGAUAUAUAAAAUAGAUAUUUUUUCCUUAAAAUUGUUUGGUAACUGUCUUCUGUCUUAUUAAGAAGCAGUACUUGGUGGCAGAUUUUCAAAAUAAAUAUUUUGUUUUUAUCCCAAUUAACUUAAAUUUAAAAAGCUGCACUAUUAAGAAUUAGUAUGUGGCAAUCUUGAGGCAGCUAUUAUUUAAAAAAUAAAGCUUGAUGAGUAUUUUUGUAAAUAAAGUUGAUUUAAUUUAUCUCUUGAACCGUCAUAGAUAUAUUGUGUUUUUCUGAGACUUAAUGUAGGGUUUUACAGUUUCAUUUUGAGUAGUAAGUUUUCAUCACGCAUCCAUUAUUUUUGUAAUCCAAAAGCUUGAAAAGUGUAUUUGGAGUGUGUACUGUUUAUUAAUUUUAUCAAUAAAAAUGAUUGAUAAAACUA